AUGACCACCGAGAACCACGCAACCAACGGUAGCAACGGCACCGCCGCCGCCGCCGCCGCCGAACCCAGCACUGGGUUCUUCGUCAAGGCUAGUCUCCCGCGGAUGCUCAAGGGCGGCGUCAUCAUGGACGUCACCAACCCCGAAGAGGCGCGCAUCGCAAAGGAUGCCGGCGCCUGCGCCGUCAUGGCCCUUGAGCGGGUCCCCGCCGAUAUCCGCAAGGACGGCGGCGUCGCUCGCAUGUCCGACCCGGCCAUGAUCAAGGCGAUCAUCGAUGAGGUACCAGACACUCCCGUCAUGGCCAAGGCUCGCAUCGGCCACUUUGUCGAGUGCCAGAUCCUCGAGGCCCUCGGCGUCGACUGCAUUGACGAGUCCGAGGUGCUCACCCCCGCGGACGACGAGUACCAUGUCGAGAAGGCGCCCUUCAAGGUGCCCUUCGUCUGCGGCUGCCGCAACCUAGGCGAGGCACUGCGGCGCAUUGCCGAGGGCGCGGCCAUGAUCCGCACCAAGGGCGAGGCUGGCACCGGCGACAUCAUCGAGGCCGUCCGCCACAUGAGGAAGGUCAACCGCGAAAUUGCAGAUGCCAAGGCCGCGCUCGCUGAGGGCGGCAUCCUCCGCAUCCGUGAGCUCGCCCGCAAGCUCGAGGUCGACGCCGAGCUGCUUCGCCAGACGGCGGAGCUUGGCCGCCUGCCGGUCGUCAACUUUGCGGCCGGCGGCGUCGCGACCCCCGCCGACGCGGCGCUCAUGAUGCAGCUCGGCUGUGACGGCGUCUUUGUUGGGUCCGGUAUCUUCAAGAGCGGCGACCCGGCAAAGCGCGCCAAGGCCAUCGUCGACGCCGUCACCCACUACAAAGACGCGGCCAAGCUGGCCGAGUUGAGCACCAACAUCGGCGAGGCCAUGGUCGGCAUCAACUGCGACAAGAUGAAGCCCGAGGAGAAGCUGGCUGGUCGUGGGAUUUAA